GGUCGCGUAUCCGGGAUCCUUCGAUAGAAAUCCAUCAAAAGAGCACGAGGGAGGGACAGAGUGAACGAACGGCCGUGUGGCACGCGGUUUUACGUUAGUGUCGUUAUCGAUCCACCUGGAGGGAGCCGGUCUGUGUGCAACCGGCAUCAGAUUCUUAAUAGUGAGGAGCUGCGAGGAUUGAACCUGCUCUGUGAAUCUGAGCCCACGUAUAAAACGAGACGUUUUCUUCUGAUGUGAUGGAGGGGGAAGCGUUCUGGGAGUAACUUUGACUCAGGGCCACGUCUGUCUGGCUCAUUGGACGCUCCAGACGGAUAGCUGUGCUGAGGGGAGUCUGAGAAGAGGAAGCUGGGCACUGUGGGAUCUGAGCCAAUGACCUGUAGGAGGAGGGAAGCAGCAUAGAGAGUUGAUUAAAAUGGGGCUGUGGAUCUCUGUACCAGCUCACUGCACGUCUGAGGGCCGCUCGCUCUGCCCCGAGCCAUGCCAGACGUGAAGCCUCCCCCGCCAUGUGACUACCCCUCUACCUCCUCCGUCGCGGCCUCUGCCGGCUCCCCUGCUGGCUGCACCUCUCCGCUCGACCUCGUCAUGGACGUGGAGCCCUGCAUCGCCAACCUCCCCUUGUCUCCUGACCCACUGUCCUCCUUCCCCCGGCACAGAACCAGCGUCCCUCACUAUCCAGGGUUUCAUGGUCCACCUUUUCCCCUCAUGGCCCGGUGUAACAGCAGCACCUUGCUUACAAACUUGGGGCUCAGGUACUGUUCCGGCCAACAGGGCGGUCUGGGGAUGGAGCCAGGUCAGGGAGCAGCCUGCAUUCAUACUGGAAGCAAUGGCAGCAGGCCUUACAGGAGUAUGGAGAACUUAAACUGGAACACUCUGGCAGAUUCUGGUCUGUGCUCGCUCAGCAGUGCUCCCUACAGGAGCGUGGACAGUGAGUUUAUCUUACGCUACACCUCCACUAGCCACUGGUAUGAUGGGUCUCCAGACAGCUCCCAUGGGCUGGCACCCAACCCAGAAAGCCUGGCGUUUUACCCUCGACCCGGACUGCCCAGGAAGGACCUGCCACUCUUCCCUCAGUUGCUGUUUCCAAGUGGUGUGGAUGAAUGGGAUGCGAGGAAGGGCCUAAGAGAGAAACUCCGCCUUCAGAGUGCAAGGUCAGCUGUUGAGCCUCUGAAGCCCCUCCCACUGCGUCCUACGGUGUCCCCGUGCGCUGUACCCAUGGAACGGGAGAGUGUGUAUCACGGGAAGUCAACAGGUCCUGUUUCCAGGCCGCCCACUACAAUGCGCAUCACCAGCCCAGAGGAGAUAAAACAGGAGGUCUUGAGGCGUUUACAGCUCCGUCGGCAGAAUAGUAGCCCCAACCUGGCUCUCCACAGCGCCCCAUCCACCCAGCAGGCAGUUAAGACAUCCUACACAACAGACAGUAUUUCAGGUAACAGAAGCAGAUCAGACUCUACAUUAGAGCCUCGAAGACCUCCUUUGGGACGCUUGCAUAUACCUACUUUUGAGGAGUUUAAGAGGAUGCGGCAGAUGGAGAGGAAGCAGAACCUUGAGUCCACAGUGGAUGCUACACCAUCUGAAAAACCUGUAGCUGACCUUCAGCAAGACCUAGGAGCAUCAGAUGGUGUGAUAAUCCUUUCAGACCCUCAUUUCGAAAAGCAGAGAGAAAAUCCCGAGGCCAUCACGUCCUCAGAGAAACGUACAUUCAACACUGUGAACGCUAACGGCACUGCAGCUCCCGCUCCCUCCUCCAUCUCUGACACCAGCACGUACUCUCCCAUCCGCACGGGGCCCUCUCCACGUUCACCCCUGCCGCCCCAGGGUGGCUCGGCCCAGGAAAAGGCCAGCAACGUAGGAGGGGAUGAUGGGAGUGCCAAGCGUAGGAGGAGCAGUCUGGAACCUGCUGGGUCAGUUCCCUUUCCGCCCAGCAGGGAGAAGUGGGAACGACCCUCCAGCUGCUGCCCUGCUCUUCUGCUGGACGGGACCGAACUGUCUAGCUAUGGAGCCAAGAUCUAUAAGAUGAAGGAUGGUCUCAUUGGCUCUGCACUGGACCUGAUCAAGAAGAGCUGCAGUGCAGAGAUCUCCGCCGAGACCCCCGUCAGGCUGUCAGGUGACCGGGACGGAGGCUGUGACAUCACCGCCCCCUCGGCCGACUGUCAGCCCUCCGCCGUUGCCAUGGCAACGUCGGCAACGGCCUGCGGAGCCAAGGCUGGCGAAGAAGCACCUGCAGGAGAAGGAGGAAGAGAGGAAGCAGGAGAAUGCCACGCUAGUCUGGGCUGCAGGCGCUCCAGCUCGGACGCAGCCUAUGAGCUGGCUGAGACGGUGAGAGCGCAGCGUGAGUGCCGCCUGCGACCCCACUACAGUGACCCCAUGCCGGCCGACGCCUCCAAGCGCAAGCAGCUGGAGAUGAAGAUUGCCGCCGCCGCUCGACUCCACGGCCACCGUCGAGAUCGCGAUAGAGACAGAGACAGUGCACCCGCAGCAAUUCGUGGUCGCUCAGAGCCUCCCGGUGAGGAGCGCCAGGCAGUCUUGGGCGUGACUCGAACCGGACAACACCGCUGGAGCACCAUCAGCAGCCUGAGUGCAGACAGCGGAGUGGUGGGCCUCAGCGAUGAGCGCGACGAAGAGGACAACGAGCCUCGCCGUUACCGCAGAAGCCGGGGAGCCGACGUGGAACGAGUGGACAGCGGCAUCGGGCCGGGUCUGUCCCGCACCUGGAAGAGACCGUCGGCCUCUCUGAGAGCCUGGGAGGCCCAGAGACCGUGUCCGGACUGUGGACUGAGGGACGGGGCCUCGAAAGAACGGGGAGAGCGCAUGUGCGAACGUUGCUCCAAGCUGCGCAUUGAACGCAAGGAAGCCAUCCUGGAGUUUCUGAACACGGAGUCGAGCUACGGCGAGGACCUGCGCAUCAUCAAAGAGGAGUUUUACUGCCCCAUGCAGAGUGCCGGGCUGCUGACCGCUGAGCAGCUCGCCGUGGUGUUCAGCAACGUUCAGGAGUUGAUAGAUGUCAAUGAACGCUUCACCGAACACCUGCAGGACAGCAUCGAUCAGGCCUUUGACCAGGGAGAUGAAGAUCUGCUGACAGUGUACAUAGGAGAGAUCUUUCUGGAGUUUGUCAACAUGCUGCCCGCCUUUCAGACCUACUGUCUGCAGCAGUCCACCUCAGUCAACAUGCUGAAUACACUGGAGAAAGAAAAAGAGCUGCUAAGAAUCUUCCUGGAUGUUUCUCAGAAUGACAACACAGCCCUGCGUCGUAUGAACCUGCGCUCCUUCCUUAUGGCGCCCCUCCAGCGCGUGACCAAGUACCCGCUUUUGUUGAGCCGCAUCAUUAAGGUCACUCCCGAGUGCCACCCCGACUACGCGCGUCUCCGUGAGGCCAAGAGUCGGGUCGAGUCCCACCUGGAGCACAUCAACAUGAAGACCAAGCAGGAGGGCAACGGGGUCACCUGGUCCCUGCGCUCGUUCCGCCGCGACAGCCGCAAGAACCGGGAGGUCAUCAACAUCGAGAUGCGAGAGGUGUCGAUGAAGACGGUGGGGUGGGCGAGGGAAAACACGCGAUUUGUCAUGGAGGGGCCGCUCCAGCUGUCCCAGCCGGCGGACGGUCAGUGGGUGAAGAAGGGCAGCAAGGCUCUCAAGUUCCAGAACGUCCAGAGCCUGCUGAUGGUGAGGACGCAGCGGACGGUUGAGGGACUGUGCGCCGACCUGGUGGCUCGGGGGGAUCAGAUGGAAAGCGGCGGAGAGAGCAUUCGGGACGGAGUGCUGGUUCUGAUCAAGGACAAGAGCAGCGGGAAGUUCACAGUGCUGAGAGAGCCCAUCCGACUGGGGAACUGCGUGGUGUCGACAGAUCCUGACUGCGAGGACACAUUCGAGGUGCUUGACAUCCGGCGGGAGUCUUUCGUUUUCCGCGCCUCUGACAAAUCUCGCACCCAGCAGUGGUUCCACCAGAUUAAGAGGUACGCUCGGGACUUGGGCACCUGGAGGAAAAGACGUAACGCUUUGCCCAACAUCAUGAUCAACACGAACCAAACGCGGUCCUGAGACUAACCACCACUCACCUUUGUUACACUGUAAAUAACCUCCUACUGCAAAAAUCAGCCGACAACAGGAAGCAUUUCCGAGUGACUCCGCUGUCAUAACUCAUUAGAAUUCAAUAACAAUAAAUAAAAAGGGAAGAGAGAAAAAAUCUCAGACUCUCAUGAGGGCAAGAAAACGACGAAGCACUUUGUUUUUGUUACGAAGCUGUAAGUGCGCCAUACUGUCAUAAAAUAUUAUGUAUGUAGAUUUAAUUUGAAACUGUUACAUUACAAGAGCAAAGUCAGAUUGUUGGACGACCAAAUGAAUAACAAAGAAAAAAACUUGGGUCGAUCUCGUCGGCCUUGAUUGUAAAGACUGUAAAGACUCUCGGAGAAGCAGAGCUGUGUUUUUCAGUAAGUAACGUGUGUCUGUUGAACAGCAUGACUGAACAUGACCGACUGCAACGGGAAAAAUUGUAACAUCUUUGUUUUUUUAGUUUCUUUUCUGUUUUUUAAUACAACACAGUGUGACGUAAGAACAUUUCUCAAGGCAGAAAUGUCGUCCACAUCUUUUUGUUCGGUGGUUUUCGUUUGUCGUCACCGCCCUAUUGUGUCCGUGUGCCGCCCUCUACUGUACAUUGGCGGUAGGGCAAUCUUUCACUGCCAGAUAAGCAGUGGAGUAGAGCCUCUCAAAACGGGCUGUACAGACCUGUACGCGUCACCGUCUUUCAGUGAGAACUCACGUAACAGCAAUAAUCUCUGCCAGUUUCAAAGUAAGUAGCUACUGUAUAUGCAUUUCGUUUUCCUGAGGUUUUCCUUUUGGCGUUCAGGUGUUAAUCCUGCUUUACUGUGUCGUUGGGUUUUAUGUGGCACAUUUAACUGGAGUCUGAUUGGUCGGUGGGCACGACUAAAGCUUUCCCUAAUGCUAAGGACGCCUCUGUUACGGUCAUUAUAUUUAAGUGCCAUGAAAGCAGUUUGUGAAGAGUCUCGUCAGUCCUCUUUCUUGGAACAUCCUGUCAAACCGGGUGACGUCAAACACUACCUGUGUGUUAAGUGCAGAGUUUUUCCAACCUCAGCUUCAGGACCUCAUGUGGAGACCACCACUGGCCUCUGCACAGUUGUAAUAAUGUAAUAACAGAGAAUCAACAACCAGUUUUUUGUAUUAUUGAAUGAUUUGCUGGUUGUUUCUUCAACCAAUCAUUUGGUCUGGCAUCAGUAACUCCUAAGAGUCUUCUUAGGAGACUCACUAUAUUCAGAUUUUAAGAAUAUCACUUUUCAGUAAACAAACCACUUAGAAUCACUGACUUUCUGUUAAUAGACUAUCUAUUAUGACUUUAAUACUUUAACUGAUUCAGUUAUGCCACCAUUUCUUGUCCAUCCCACCCUCUGUGUAGCUGUGAGAGACCAAAAAAAAGGUUCUGUUGUGAAACUCUGGCGUUAAGGUUGAAAAAGCCUGCUACCUUGACGACAAACGCCUCAAAGAAAAAGCAUCCAAACCAUCUCGUCGUGACGCAGUUUCAGCUGUGUUAUGUGACUUAGCGAUGAGCUGUUGUGCCUUGGUACUUGAUCACUGUUAAAUGAAAACUGACUGAAGUAUUUGCAAUCCGUCAUAGUAGCAUUAACCUCUGAAAUAGACUCGUCUGCUCUCCGUCACUUGACCGAGAUUCAUUUACAGGCAAUAUAAUUAUUCCUUCGACAGUCCCUGACUGCUGAUGUGAUCGACUGAUCCUCUGUGUCUUCUUCUAAUUUGUGUUUUUACUACUCAUGGUGUGUUUUGUUUUUUUAUUAUUUAAGAGAGCUUUAUUUUGUUUGAUGCACUUUAUUAUUAUGAUUCAGUAAUAGUAUAUUCUCCAGUGUAACCGCUGGUAAAAACUCUGUUACACAGUCAUUACUGUUGACCAUACUUGAUGUAAAAGAGGGACUCUGGUCGACCGAAGCAGAUUCCAGCACUUUGAAACUAUAAAGUCGACCCAGUCAUCGAAACCAAAACCACCAGAUAAGACCAAUGCUGUUAUGUUAUGAAGUAGCACGAUCACUGUGUUUUGGAGGGCAGGGCUGCUCAGCUCCACACCGAUACGCCUGUACUGUUGGAGGACGCAGUUUCAGAUUUAAAAAGAAAAAACUAAACCUGCAGUUUCAUUAAAGUUUCUUUUCCUCAUUUGUGUAUGAAAGACCUGACGUUUUAUUUCCUCAGUGUAAUAUAUUGUGCAUUAUAUUAAAAGAUUUUAA